CCGCUCUGAAGUCUGCAUUGCUGCAGCAGAUGGAGCUUCGUUGAAUGAUUCGGCCGAACCCGAACAUUUGUCCUCUAUUUCUCCGUUUCUUUCCUCAUUUCUCCGGGGUUUCUAAGUUCUGGGUUCUAAGUUCUAGUUUGGAUCCGAAACCGGCAGACUGUGUGCUAGUGCCGCCAUGGUUGAAAGCGUUUUAGCCCCAAGAUCUCCCUUACUUGGUCUGAACAGCUUGCAACAGACCGUAGCUAGAUAUGGUGGCCCAGAUAGCUGGCGCUUUCUAGCUUUUCUCUCGUCCGCUGUCUUAGGACGGUUUGUUUUUUCUGGGCUUGAUUCACCGACGUGGGUAAAUUGAGAGUGCGCAGAUUCGGCAGACGGGAGAUUGAAGGGAGAGGGAGCUUUUUAGCGUCGUAGGGCUGGUCGCAGAGGAGAUGAACCAGGGUAUCGGCCGAAGUACCACGGAACGAUACUCUGCAGUCUGGAAGAUGGAGAGAGCAAGUGCCCAGUCUGAGCAGAUUCGCAGCAGCAGUGAGGCAUAAAUUGAGUCGAAGACAGUUCGAUCGAUUGAGUCGGACUGGGAGUUGCGGAAUUCUGAACUCGCCAUGGGAAUGUUUGGAAUUCCCUCCGCGGGCUAAAUUAGACCCCGAGGCGUGGCAUCAGCAGGCGCAGCUGCAGUUGUGGGGGAGGGAAGGCGGGCCGGUGCGAAGGAAUUGGAGCGGCAGCACAAAAAUUCGAGAUGGGCAACACUCGAUCGAAGGAGGAGCAGAUGCUGUUCGAUGAAAACGGAGAGAGGGAGCGCGGUUUCGACAAGCAGCUUUUUCUCUCCCUGAAAGUCCACCAGACGGAGGGCAAUGUCAUGCCCACCGAUUACUCGCCCUACGUCACAGGCUCCUUGCCCUGCUUGGGCAGCUGGAACCCGUCCAAAGCGGUUGCGCUGGAACGGCAGACCACCAACAUGUGGGAGCUCAGCUUCGUCAUACCCGCCGAUCAUGAUACGCUCGAGUUCAAGUACCUACUGAAGCCGAAGCAUGACAAGGAGUCGUACAUUCUGGAGGAUGGGGCGAACCGAGUGCUCACGGGCGGGCGAAUGGACGGAGACGCACCGCCCAUAGCCUCAUUCAAAUUGCCCAUUCUGGACCCGCUGGAAUUCCCCGUCACCAUCAAAGCUGAUCCAGUGUCGCCCUUCACGUUGGCCGCAAGUUGGCGAUUGCAUAUGGAAAAUCUGCAAUCCCACGGUACCAUGGUGCGGGGCAUUCCUGAUGUCAGCAUAAGUGGCGUAUCCGCUACUCUGCCUGCCAGAAAGCUCACUGGAUCGCAGGCGCUCGAGCUCGACCUUGAGCAUUACGAGAUACCGACCCCGGCUUCUGGCCCUACGGGAGCUCAGUACGUCGCGAACGCGGCCGAGGACCCCCGUGGCCUGCAGCUGCAUCGCUCUGCAUCGGUGCCUGUCCCCGUUUCGGAAAAUCGGAACCGAAUGAUCAAGCGGCUGGACAGCAACGUGUCCCGAGAUCGUUGUGUGUCAAUUAAGGAUUUGGUGGUGCUAGGUGGUGCCGAAUCGUCCCUACCGACGACCGCACCCACUACUCCUGGUGAAUCGAAGACAGUAGGAACAGACCCAUUUUCGCCCCGGUUCACGCAAGAUCACCAGGGAAUAUAUGUGGAUAAAGGCGUUGGAAGUUCCCCGAGGAUCUUCCGAGUGAACACGGACGUCAGUUUGAUGGACGGAGAUACGUAUUUGGACAGCGACGAGACAGAGGAUAUGCCCGAAGCUGCUGGGGCAGUCGCCGCAGCUGCUGUAGCAGAUCGCUUACUGGGUCCCAAGGAGCGGAGACAGUUGGCAAUUGUGCUGGUGGGUUUGCCAGCAAGAGGCAAGACAUUUACAGCGGCGAAGCUGACUAGAUAUCUGCGCUGGUUGGGGCAUGACACGAAACACUUCAAUGUUGGAAAGUAUCGCCGCCUCAAGCAUGGGUGUAGUCAGUCUGCAGACUUUUUUCGAGCAGAUAAUCAAGAAGGUGUGGACGCAAGAAAUGAGGUAGCUAUUCUUGCCAUGGAGGAUAUGCUUGCUUGGAUGGCAGAAGGCGGUCAGGUUGGUGUUUUUGAUGCUACCAACACCACUAAUGAGCGGAGAAACUUACUGAUCAAGUUGGCCGAAGGCAAGUGCAAGGUGAUUUUUUUAGAGACUAUAUGCAAUGAUCGGUCUGUUAUCGAUCAUAAUAUUCGUUUGAAAAUACAGCAAAGCCCCGACUAUUCUGAUAUAUCAGAUUAUGAGGUUGCUCUUCAAGAUUUCAAAACACGUUUGGAGAAUUACGAACGGGUUUAUGAACCAGUGACGGAAGGCUCAUACAUCAAGAUGAUUGACAUGGUUAGCGGUCAAGGUGGUCAAAUGCAGGUCAGUAAUAUAAGCGGAUACCUUCCUGGUCGAAUAGUUUUCUUCUUGGUGAAUACGCACAUCACUCCCAGACCCAUACUAUUAACUCGACAUGGCGAGAGUGCAGAUAACGUCAGGGGUCGAAUUGGUGGCGAUCCUGUCCUUAGUGAAGCGGGAGAGAAGUACGCAUCAAAACUUUCUGAUUUCGUGGAGAAAAGAUUAAAGACCGAGCGAACGGCUUCUAUAUGGACAAGCACGUUGCAAAGGACUGUGCUCACUGGACGACACAUUGUUGGGUUCCCCAAGGUUCAAUGGCGCGCCCUAGAUGAGAUAAAUGCAGGUGUAUGCGAUGGAAUGACAUAUGAAGAAAUAAAGAUCGACAUGCCAGAAGAAUAUGCCGCUAGAAAGCUGGACAAGUUGAGGUAUCGGUAUCCUCGUGGCGAAUCUUACUUGGAUGUUAUUCAGAGAUUAGAACCAGUGAUCAUUGAACUUGAGAGACAGCGGUCUCCAGUUGUGGUCAUCGCUCAUCAGGCUAUUUUGCGAGCUCUUUAUGCGUACUUCGCUGAUAAACCACUGAAAGAGGUGCCACAUAUUGAGAUGCCUCUACAUACUAUCAUAGAGAUUCAGAUGGGUGUUACUGGUGUACAAGAAAAGCGGUACAAACUCAUGGAGUAAAUGUACAGCAAUAUUACGAAAACUCUCAUAAUAGCAGCUCAAGUUCCAUGCGAAUGGAUACUUGAGUGUUCCAGGUUCAAGUUUUAGAUCGCAAGUUUUUUGGAGAAAGUUUUGUCAGAUUGUAGGCAUGUGAUUUGCGGAAUCGGGACGUAGGGAUAGUUGAGGAAGCCUCUAAUCACGACCUCAACGUUGUUCAGAAGUGAACAGAUAGGGAGUUGCGAGAGCUGAAGGCCCACAGACAGUAAAUUUCUGUACAAUGCUGUAUCUAAUUUGUAAACAUUUUUUUUAUGUGAAGCUUUUUCAAGUUUUCGCGAGAGAUGCUGGAGUUUUGCCCAGCUAAUCCUGCUUACAAGUCACUUACAAAGCGCAGAUGGUUGUUCUCGAACCCCCUUUACCUGAAGCGUCUCAAGUCACCGAUUGGAGCAAGUGGAAGCUUAUCUAUUAAUAUGGAUGUGCUUAAGGUUUUGAGCAUCUUCUCCCCUACUUUUGUGCCAGACGACAUCAAGUAAGAAGAUAACUGAGUAGGACAUCUCCCUGAAACCGGGGAGUAAUUAUGGAGUCGAUGAUAUGCAAGUAUUACCUAACCUUGGACAUGUG